AACACAAAUUCUAAAAAUAAGAAAGAAAAAAAAAUCAGUUUGUUUUCCUUCCACUGCGAAUCGGUUCACAGACACAGCCAUUGCUCGCAUACAAGGAUCGGUCUUUGGAAGUAUCUUCUGUUUAUAGCUUCGAUUUCAUCGAAGACCCUUUUCUGCAGCAGCCUUGGACUAUCUUCUACUAUGACAAUGAACUCGAACAGCACCCACUAGAGGGGACAGAGCGGGAGAGAGAGGGUAGUAAAUUAGUAAUGGAGCUGGGGAAGACACAAGGGGGGACCUACUGCUUAAUUUUUUGCGGGCAGAGACAGUCAUCAUCAAUGAUUUUCUUCGGAUGUUGGUGUUUCUCUCAAUGACCCAUCUAAUCCCACUCUUGCACAGUCCUUGGCUUGAGAUCUUGGUCCCGUUAACGCCAAGGUUUCCACUCUUGUGAUUUUCAAGCUUUUAGUGAGGUGGGUUUUGUUUAUUUGCCAAGUCUGUGCUGCUUUCAGCCUUGAAGGGUGAACCGCAGAUUUCAGUCACAUGAAGAGGUCUUUUACUCUUCUGGAUGUUCUUCUGGUACUGGCAUUGUUCACUCAUGCUGCAUGGGCUGUCAGAAGCAGCUUGUAUUGCGAAAGUACCAAUUCUGGGAAGCUUCGGCCUCAUAGCGUCUCUAUUACUGAAUUUGGAGCAGUUGGAGAUGGGAUCACUCUCAAUACAAAAGCAUUCCAGAAUGCUAUCUUCUAUCUCAAUUCAUUCACUGAUAAGGGCGGGGCCAAGCUUUUUGUUCCUACUGGUCGGUGGUUGACAGGAAGCUUUGCUCUCAUCAGCCAUCUUACUCUCUGGUUGGAUAAGGAUGCAGUGAUUCUUGGAUCAACAAGGUCAGAUGAUUGGCCAGUUGUUGAUCCUCUACCAUCAUAUGGACGAGGUCGGGAGUUGCCAGGUGGAAGGCAUCGUAGCCUUAUUUAUGGAUGCAAUCUGACAGAUGUUGUUAUAACAGGUGAUAAUGGAACUAUUGAUGGUCAGGGCAGCAUCUGGUGGGACUGGUUCCAUAAUAAGACGCUGGACUACACCAGGCCGCAUCUGAUUGAGUUGAUGAACUCAACAGGGAUUUUAAUCUCUAACCUUAGCUUUCUGAACUCACCAUUUUGGACAAUCCAUCCUGUAUACUGCAGCCAUGUAACUGUCCAGAACGUUACAAUCCUUGCGCCUCUUGAUUCACCAAAUACAGAUGGGAUUGAUCCAGACUCUUCAAGUGAUGUUUGCAUUGAAGACUGUUAUAUCAGUACCGGUGAUGAUCUUAUUGCUAUCAAAAGUGGGUGGGAUGAGUAUGGAAUUUCGUACGCUCGCCCUAGUACAAACAUUAUCAUCCGCCGGCUUGUUGGACAAACUCGAACCAGCGCUGGGAUUGCAAUUGGCAGUGAGAUGUCUGGGGGUGUAUCAGAAGUUCAUGCUGAGAAUCUGCAGUUUUUCAAUUCAAACACAGCUAUAAGAAUAAAGACAUCUCCUGGAAGGGGAGGCUAUGUGAGAAAUAUCUACAUAUCAAAUGUCACAUUGACUGAUGUAAAUGUUGCAAUCAAGUUUACUGGUCAGUAUGGAGAGCACCCCAAUGAGUUUUAUGACCCAAACGCUCUUCCUGUAAUAGAACGUAUUACGUUCAAAGAUGUCACUGGAGAGAGAAUAAAAUUUGCAGGCCUUUUAGAGGGCAUAGAACGGGACAACUUCCGCAAUAUCUGCCUUUCCAACAUUACCCUCAAUGUCACCUCAAAGUUUCCUUGGAAUUGCUCCUAUAUUCAAGGUUAUUCUGACUUAGUUUUCCCAGCAGCUUGCCAUCCUCUCAAGAAGAGUAUCUACCCUGAGCAUUACCAAGACUGUUACCAUCUGCAUAAUCAUUUGCAGAUUUCAAGUAGUCAGAAAAGAGGUUCUUGGUUGCUUUCUUGGUGAACUGAUGAAAACAAUUUGUGUGGCGGUUGACUUACUUUCGAGAAGGUUUGAUUGUAGCAUUUGUCUACAGAACUGCCUGUUGCCUUGCUGAGGAAAUGCGGUCUUGACAGGAAAGGGUUUGACUGGAGUUACUGAUCAACUGGAAAGGGUUUUGGUUGUAGUUACUAUACUGGGUGACUUGUGAGAUGGGUAUUGGGAAUUGAUUGUUUCUUGUAACUGUGUGCAGUAACAAAUAAUUGAGUGAAAAUAGGAUGUGUGUAUUGCUUUGAAGUUUUCUCUAUCAUUAUUGAACAUGUGUAUUUCUUGGAACAUUGAAGUUUAUACAGAAAACAAAUUAUUGAUUGUGUGAUUGAAAAACAAA